AUGGAAGGACAACCUAAGACAUCGACACGCCCUACGAGUGGUAUACCUCGUCCUACAAGUGGCAUCCCACGACUUACUUCAAGAUUGCCUUUACCUACGACCACCGCAUCAAAAUCGAUCAAACCAUCACCUUCCCGAGACAGACUGCGAGCCGAUCCUGGCUUGGACGAAAGGAGGUUGCGAAGACCAUCUUACAACUCACUCGUGGAAAAGCCGUCCUCGCAGCAAUUAUCGUCGCCUAAGCUGCAGGAUGAUCCCAUCCCGACCCUCAAGCAAGACGAUAUCCACGGCAAGGAAAACGAGAUACAUCUUCCAGAGGAGACGAGCUCGACUGCUGGGGAUGAUGAUACUGCAUCAGUCGUAUCCGCCCAAGAAGCACGUGGCCGACGUGGAAUACGCCCAUCAUUGUCUGAGCGUACACUUGAGACACUAGCGCAAAUUCCACCAUCACCGGCCUCGGUUAGAAGGCAGUCUAGCUUUUUUAAUGGGAGCAGCCCGGUACGAUCCCCAUCUCGCGCACCGUCUAAUGUGUCCAAUGUCUCGAGGUCGCCAUCGAGGACAUCAUCUUGUGCACCACCCAGUAACGAGCUAUAUGUACAACCUGUUUCGAAGCUGCGCCUUCCCUCAAAGGCUCGUUUGUCGACUGCUGGAUCUCUUUCUCCAGUCCGCGGCUCAGAUGAUACUGUGAGCCCAUCAAGGUUAAAGCAGCCGUCACCCAGACAUAGUGUAGCACCGGGAGACGGUGUUCACACGGACGUCAGUUCCCCGCCCAAGAAAAAUAUAUCCGAAAGACCAAUUGGGAACAAGGACACAUCAAAACCCUCCCUUUUCCGCCCGUCACUUAGCAAGGCCCCCACAAAGUCUGUUAAGUCAAACAUGGGUCCCCCAGAAAGACCACUCCAAGUGAAGAAGACAAGAAAACCUCAAACAGAGCAGGUGUCUACCCUACGCUCUCCCUCGACGGGCUCACGACAUGUGUCCACGUCUUCCAACAUGCAUGAUGAACUGUCCCCGGAGCAGCAGGCAGAACUUGAAGCAAGAAAAGUCUCCAAGUCGUCCAGCACGCUACGUGAAACUAUAGCAAAGGCAAAGGCAGCUCGUAAAGCGGUGGCGGCCGGGGAGAAAAAUGAAAGCCCCCAAAAGCAAGCCUAUCAGGCCCCACCCACUGAUAUGCCUCUCGAUUCGUGGGCAGGCGGCGACGACGACGAUCCUUUCAGCCAACUACCCAACGGAUCCAACUCUUUGGUGAUGCGGAAGCGCGUACAGACAGCACGUGCCACCGGCCAGUUGAACAUCGCAGCGUUUUCCUUGAAGGAGAUUCCAAAAGAAGUGCUGACGAUGUACGACUAUGACCCAGAUAACUCCACGAACUGGUUUGAAAAUGUUGAUCUUGUCAAGUUUAAUGCCGCGGACAAUGAGCUGGAACAGAUUUCAGAUGCCACCUUCCCCGAUAUCAACCCGGAGGAGUUUGAUCCUGACAGUGAAGAUCGAGGACUUCAAUUUGGGGGUCUUGAAACACUGGAUCUCCAUGGGAAUAUACUCAAAUCACUUCCGAUGGGUCUUCGACGUCUGCAAAACUUACACAUUCUCAACCUAUCGAAUAAUGCUUUGGACAUGGCCAGUAUCGAGAUAAUUACGGAGAUAAAGUCUUUGACAGAUCUGAAACUCGCGAAUAAUCAAUUGCAAGGGGAACUAAAUUCCGUUAUUGGUCGUCUUCCUAACUUGGAGUGUUUGGAUCUACGUGGCAAUACUCUCACCAAACUCCCAGAUGAGCUCGUUGGAUUGAGCUCUCUGAGAACACUGGAUGUCAGUGAGAACAAGUUCACUUCUUUGCCGUUCGAGGUCCUCAGCAAACUACCCUUAAAAACGCUCAAUGCGCAGAAAAACAGGCUAGAAGGCACUUUGAUACCGGCAACAGUGAAGAAGUUGGAGAAAUUGCAGUCCCUGAAUGUCGCCAAUAACGCCGUGAUGGUCUUUUCUGCUAAUGAUGCACUUGAACUUCCUAAUUUACAUACUCUCCUGAUCAGUGUCAAUCGCAUCACGCAUCUCCCAUGUAUGUCUUCUUGGCAGUCAUUGUUAACGCUGUCUGCCGAGGAAAACAAAAUCGCAGACCUUCCACAAGGGUUUGUGGAGCUUAAGAGCCUCAAGAAGGCCGAUUUCACAGGAAAUGUCCUUACGCACUUGGAUGAGAAGAUUGGACUGAUGGAAAACCUUUCCUCUCUCCGAGUUUCCAAUAACCCCCUUCGUGAGCGCAGGCUGCUGAAAAUGGACACCGAUGAUAUUAAACUAGACUUGCGGAGUCGUUGUGAGCCCGAUCCUCAGGACACAGAUGAUGAGGGCUCAGUCGCCACGCAAUUCACUUUAGCGCCUGAGAAUCCCGCGCUCGAUGGCAGCUGGCAGAUCAAAUCCGGUGGGAUUCUUGACAAGUCUUAUGCUGAAAUGACCGAUCUUAAGGUGGAGCAGCUGGAGAUGAUUCCAUUGCUGGACAUUCGAUGUCUCUAUCUUCAGCACAAUGAGCUGACCUGCUUACCAGCCCCUGCAAUUGGAAUGCUUGCGCAAUGUCUGGUCGAGCUUGAUCUCUCACACAACCCCUUGAGUGGCGCUGACUUCUUGUCUUCCCCACUUGAGUUGCCCAAGCUUCAGUCACUGACUUUGAACUCGGCCAGCUUGACUUCAUGGGACCCUCUCUUAUCCAACCUGAUAGCCCCAUCUUUGACCUUUUUGGAUGUGUCGCACAAUCGUUUGAAGGGACCACUCCCCCAUCUGAGACAGAUCUACCCAGAGCUCAAGACUCUUGUAGCCUCGGACAACCAGAUCGCUAGUCUGGACUUCGAAGCUGUACAAGGGCUGCAGGUCUUGGAGCUAAGCAACAACGACCUUGAUUCGCUUCCUCCAAAGAUUGGCCUACUGGCUGCUGGACGCUCUCCUCAGAACUGGGGCAAUGGAUCGGCCUUAAGACGGUUUGAGGUGGCUGGUAAUCGAUUCCGAGUACCUCGCUGGCAAGUAGUUGCCAAAGGAACCGAUGCGAUCCUGGAAUUCUUGCGAGACCGGAUUCCCAUUAGUGAUCUUCCAGAAUGGGAGCGGGAACACGAAGCUCCCGAGGAAGAGUAUUAA